CUUGUACAGACGCCCGCACGGUGAUAAGUCCAAAUUUUUUCGGCUUUAUAGGUUACUACCAUUUUGCAUAAUUACGGAGCUACGCUCUGCGAGCUCCGUUAUUAUUAUAUUAUCUGAGAUAAUGAUUUGGAAUUAAUCAACUGUUGGGUUUAUUAAUGUUUUGUCCCACUCUUUCAAUCUUUCAUUUUAAUUUUUAGUUGAUCGACUUCCUGUUAUUCUCAGUAUUAUCCUUACUCCUGUCCACAAUGCUGAUCGUCUGUUACAGUAUGGCAGUACACACGGUAUUCACAGGUGAAGAGGUCGGAUCGUUUAGUUGGUAUGCCUACAACAGAACUCCUGAUCAGAAUGUUACACGAACCAAAACCUUAACCACAUUCGUGCUCAUUUUUUCCUGUUUAGAGUUUUUGCUAUGUCUUGGUUCCAUCGCAUACUUUGCAUAUGCUUACAGACGAGAUUUCAAAAAGAAGCCGGUAAGAUAUAUAUGCUUUUUGGAUUUUUUGGUGGUUUUCGUUUUAAGUUAGACGCUAAAAGGGUAAUUCUCAAUUGCGGGUCAUGAUUGACUCUGUAAUGGAUUGAUUUUUUUAAAAGUUUCGCUCCACUAUUCGAAAAAAACAUUUAUCUGAUUUUAAGGUUAUUAUGUUUUUAUUGACUUUUUGUUUAUUUGCGUUUCAACAGAAAUCGAGAAUUCAAGAGAAUGCACCGUGCUCUUACGCCAACGAAUACGUACAAUACUAAUUUUUUAUUGGCGGUAAAACAGCAUUGAAAUAAGCUCUACGAAUGAUCGAAUGUUUAUAGCAGCUUCAAACGGCUCCAGUUCGAACUCAUUCCUUUGUAAAUGUUCAGCGGAAUUAUUUAACACAGUUCGACACACAGAUAGAAGUCUCUUUGGCUUAGUUGUAGUUUGCCAUGAAACAGAAUAUUGUGAUUAAUAAAAUAUAAUUGAUGUAUAUGUGGUUGUCCACUGGGCGUCAUUUGAGUUGCACCCCGCCCAAAUUCAGUACGCCUUGCAUGUGAUGCCAGAAAGAAAAACCCAGCGUAGAUGAAUAAUGAAGAUAAAUUAUGAUGAAAUAAAAAGCAAUAACAUCAGCUGAGGGCAAACUGUCUUUGUCUUCGCAAACCUGUGAGAAACUUUCUGAGUCCGCUACUUGUUUGGCAUAAUUUUUGGCGCGUGCCUAAUGCAUGAUACUCGCAUCACCUGUAAUUUUUCCAGCUAAAGUUUCGGCACGUUCUAAAAUAGGACACCAUUUGAUAUGUAGGCCUUGAAAAAAAUUUACCAGAUUUUGGAGAGCCCCCGUACUAAGUGAACGGUCGUUACUCAUCGCCUUUGGGAAGGAAGGGUGGAAAAUUCUGGUUAUUUCUCGAGGAAAUUUCCUGAUCCCCUCAUAUGGCUCUGCAAUAUUCUCACGACCCCCCCCCCUCUCGUUGACAGUUAAUUGGCAGUCCACUUUCCACUAGUCCCUUUCGCCAAAAUUCUCCCCCCCCCCCCCCACCGCCGAGGGUGAUACUUAAUGAACAAGCGUGGACUUUACUCCAGGCUUCUCUCUUAAACUCUCCUGCAAUAUGGUGGCGCCAGUGAAGAUUUACCUGGUGUUUUAUAAUGUUGUACUGACGCUAGGGUGAGGAUCAGAUCACUUCUCUGUCAUCUUACUGUUUAUGGCAAGAGGCUUGAGUGUAAUAUAGUUAGCACAUAGUACUUUCUGUGAUUUAUGUUUGGUGAAAACCUACGCGUAAACAGCUGAGCUUCCAUUUAUUGUGAUUUGAUCGAGUGCGAAUACUUCUAAUGUUUUUUCGUUAGUGCAGCUUAGAAGAUAUUGAUAGCUCUCAGCAAACUAAAACCUGCGACUGCUGAAACCAAGUUUAAUGUCAGGCAUAAGUUUUCCAGUGAUUUCUGAGUAAAUCCUUGAUUUAAUCAUUAUAUUUAUUACUUAAUACAAUAUGUCAGCUGAUGUUUUUUUCUUGUUCCUCAGUCUGCAGAUCGUCACGCGCUUUGAACUUUUUUUUUAGGCCAACAUUGCCAAAUUGCGUGAAUAAAAUAAUUCCUUCUGUGUGCGCCAAAUGAAAUCUAUUCUAAGUCCCUGAGAGCUUUGACAUAAAAGUUUAUUAGUUUGGUAUUACUAAGCAGUUUAUUUUUAUCAUUUAUUUUUGUCACAUGGGUUCCGUUACCCUUAACAUGCGAGAUAGUUUUCGCGUAUAAGGUUGAGCUUGGAAAUAUGGGGGUAUGAGCGAAUUAUUCGAACAGAAUUGUUGGAAAUCAAUUAAUUUGGGGAUUUUUUAAAAUUAUUGUUCUGUAGAUGGGGUGUGAUUCUUGUCCUCGCAGUACAGCACUUGACAAAGAAGAAUACUCAUAUUGGGCUUUACGACUCGGUGGAAAAACCCCUCAAGAUUUUUCAAUCUGCAGCCAUCCUAGAGGUGAAUGAUUGUCAAACAUACAUGUACAGAACCUAGAACUUAGAACAUUUAAUUUAGCUGUGUAGUCAUGAUUGCAGAAAAAGUAACAUUCUACACAAAAUUGAAAUAACAUUAAAAUAAAUGAUUAGUUAAGGACCUGUAAGGCAACCUUUCUUGCUGUAAGCUAGAUUUCCUAAGUCUGGAAGUUUGUAUCUUGAAGUGUGCUUUUUUGAGGUAUAGUAUAUGUCUAACAUGACUUUUUGUUUCCUCUUGUUCCAGGUAUUACACUGUGCAGUAGGUAUGUAGGAUUAUAUAGGAGCAAAUUUGAUCAUUUUAUAAAAAAAAUAUUUUACCCAUUUGCUCUACAUGUAUUGUCUUAGGCUGCAAGCUGUUAUGUGCCAGUCAAGAUAAGAAAAACAUUUCUGUUCUCAUUGAAGGGUUUGUCACUAUGGGAUACUUUUAUUCAGUGCCAGAAAUUUGUUCCCUUUUUGCAAGUGGUGCAGCCUUUUUAUCUCUUGGUACAAUAUACGGAGAAUAAUCAGGAUCUAAGUAAUAACAAUAAUAAAAAAAGCAAAGAUAGCUACAAACCUUGGUAUAGGUUCUAAAUACAUGCUUCUAAGCAUCUCUUUUCGCUGAAACAUCAUGUGCAUGUUUGUAAAAAAAAUCAAAUAGUAGAGAAGCCUUGUCCCUUGUCCCUGUACUGGGAUAUAGAUGAGAAUUACUUUCAAUGGUGUUCUUUUCCCCACAAAGGUAUAGUGCCAUCUUCAGUUGUUCUUACAGCAUUUCAAGUAGCUUCAAGACUCUUUUUAACCUGGGCAGUGGCUCACAGUGUCCCUCAAGUAAGCAUCUAUCAAAUCUUUAUUAUGCUGGCUUGGUGUGUGUAGAGCUCUGGUGAUUAUUAUUACAUGCAUAUGCCCCACUGCUAAGUAGCUAAUUUUGGCUUUUAGCAUUAUGAAGGAUUCCUAUAUUUGUCCUGAUGUAGGGCUAAUGUUCUAAACUUCAGCUUUAAGAACUUGUGGCCAAUUUACAUUGUUAACUCAGUUUUAAAACCAAAUUAUCUUUUUCUCCCCUUCCUUAACUGCCCCAAGUAAUCCCAUCCUUCCCCAUCCAUUUUGAGGUGAGAUUAAACAGCUAUGUGUAAAAGUUUAAACAGAUGAUAGAUCAAUAAAUAUCAAUAUGAUUUGGUGAGGGAUAACGUGGCUCAAUAUAUUUAAUUUAGAGGUUACUGGUAUUUUAUUAGUUAAAUUAUUUUUUUCUUCUGUGCUUUAGGUUCAUGACAACCCUGGUGUGGCAGGGUUUGUUUUAGCUUGGUCCAUCACAGAGGUUAUUCGCUAUUCAUUUUAUGCAUUUUCCUUGUUGGACAGUUUGCCUUAUAUACUUCAGUGGUGCAGGUUUGUUAACCUCUACACACUAACAUUAAUAUUGAUAUUCUCCACACUGUUCUCAUUACUUUUCCUCUUGUACUGACAAUGAGAAUUUGUUUGACAAUCAGGAGCUUUUCAGAUUUGUGAUCAUUUCCUUUAUUCUCAUGACCUAUGCACUUGAUUACAGGCAGAUACUCUAUGGAGAAAUUAGAGGCCAGUCACUCCUAGGGGUUAAAGAAUUAACAGUUUGUAGGUGUAUACAUUGUAGUUUCAUCAAAAGUUUUCUCAUCAUUAGUUUUGCAAGCUCGUAAAAAGAGGAAAUUGCUAAUCAUAUGCAAUUGCCCACACAGGGUAUUUUUCAAUUGCCUGUUGAAAUAAAUAUUUGAUAGUCUUAGAGUGUAUUGGUUUUCCUUUAGUUGUUCUUUGCUAAAUUAAUUAUAUUUUCUAUCGGAACCUAGUAGUAAAAAGUAAAGCCUAUAUACGGGCCCCUAUCGGAACCUACUUACAAAAUAAUUUAAGUGGCUCAAACUAAAACAUGUUUUUGUGUGCUUUUUACACAGAUAUACUUUCUUUUUUUUCCUCUAUCCCAUUGGCGUGACAGUGAGUAAAAUUAAAGUUCUAUUUUUAAGAGAGUGGAGAUUUUUCAGGGAAAGUCCUGUCCCUGUUCAGAUGAGAUUGUUUGUCAGUUCAUCAUGAUCAUUUGUUUAAUUAUCAGUCAACCCUUUGCACCCUAACAGCCUCCAUAUUCUCCAUACUGUUAUUUACACAAUUUGUAAGGAGCUGAGAAGAAGAAUUGAUAUUAUAAUCAAGAGCUGGUGAUCAUUUCCUUUAUUCUUAGGACCUUAAUGUUUGAUUUAGCAAUGAUACUGUCGGGAGAAUUUUGACGCCAAUCACUUCUCAGGGGUUAAAGAUUUAAGAUGUUGUGUAUGGUUGUAUCAUAGCUGUGUUGAACAGUUAAUCAUUCUUCUGAUGUUUAUUUUAAUUCCUACUGUGGUCUUUAGGGUGAACUGGUGACAAUAUACUCCUCUCUUGGUCAUGUUUCCAAGUCUGGUCUGUACAGUGUGUCCAUGCCAAAUCUUCUCAAUUUUUCCUUUGAUUAUCAUCUCUUCCUGAUCGUGGUGAUGUUCUCGUAUAUUCCAAGUAAGUGUCUUGGUGUCCAUACAUUAAAAUUUUAGAGGGAUUUCCAAUAUUGAACAAACUGAUCCCUAUAUCUAGGUCCUCUUCUUAGCCUCUGUUCUCUGGGGUGCGCAUUGCGUGACAAUCGUUCGGGAUGUUUGCCUUUUAAGGGUGAGCGUUACGUGACAGUGUAGGAAACUACACAUUUAAUUAGACUACAAGGAAAGUAAUAGUAGAAAUGGAAGCCUUUAAAAAAAAAAAAAUACGGUCUCCGAUGGGGAUCGAGCCCUUGUCUUCUAGAUACCAGUAAGACUCUACUACGUACAAACAGCUAAAAAGCUACAGGUUUGGGGAGAGGCAAUUAUUAUUUGGUUUGCAAUUUUACCUUAAGAACUUUAACCCUAUCAAGGUGGCUGUACAUUAUUUAUGUGCAGGAGUCCAAUCGGUUAACCUAAACUGCAUUGCAAUUAAAAUUUCUCUCCGGAAAUUAUUCAAACACGCUGUUAACAUGGAGAUUCACCGUAGCGGUCGAUAUCCCUUGGAAUCUGAGAAUUUGCAAUAGUAGCGAAAAGUGUCUGUUGAUAAAUUUAUCGUCAUAGAAAAUGAUAUUAAAAAGAAAUGAAAAGAAAGUCACGAAAGCUGAUGAAUUUUUUAUUUUACUUAAAUUUCAGUCUUUCCGCAACUUUAUUUUCACAUGAUCCGACAAAGAAAGAAGGUUAUUGGUGGAAAAGUCAAACCGCAAUAACUUGAGGCUCCAACCGUCCAGUUGAAAGGCGGGAGGAACUUAAGUCAAGAUAUGUUUGUUAAUUUUUUUUUUUUUCGAUUUUAACACUAAGUGACGGCGGUGUCAAGCCACAAGUUGAUUGAUCGUUGAACUGUUGUGUAUCCGUGUCUCGAAAGUUCCGGUAACUAACGGCCCCAAGCCAUGCUCUGAGCAACAGUUGUUUGGGUUAUACAUGCAGCUCAAAAGUUAUUUCCAUAUUGUUAUAAUAACUGUUAUUUUUAUCAUAUUAAUUUCAAAACUAUUCGUAUCUCGAUCUUGAGGGAACACACAACGAACAAAAAUCGUUUUCCGGGAUCGGUGAGUACCGGAACUUUCGGCGUAGGAGUGACAUAGGACAUAGUAAGUGACAUUAGUUGGUGUGUGCAAAAUUUAGCUUUGUGUGUUCUCUGCUUCCAAAAAAAAAAUGUGAUUCAUUUUAGCGCUGCGAACGGUUCAGGGGAACAAAAUAACAGUUCUGUUACACUUACGAAUAAGACUUUCACAAAAGUCAUAUUUGUCACUCGAAGCUAAUUUGCCCGCAAGCGGCCUAUAAACGUGUCUAUAAUAAAAUAUAUUUUGAAAAUUCUGAAUAUGUUUUUCAAACAAAGAUAUUAUUUUGAUUUUUGCUAACUACGAGAUGUAAUUUAUUGAUUGAAUACAUUUAAUAAAAGAGCCUUGGGAACAGUAGUUUUAAUUG